AUGGCUUCAGAGACCACUCCGGUGGAUACAACGACGGCGCACCUGGCAUCAGGCGAUCAGAAUACCCCCGUGGAGGGUGAUAGUGCGAAGCGGAAAGCGGAACAGACCAACGGAACUCAGACGCGCACGAAGCGGAAUCGUUAUAUAUCUAUCGCCUGCAAUGAAUGCAAGCGUCGCAAGAUUAAGUGUAACGGUCAGGUACCGUGUCAACGCUGUGGACACCUCAAUCUCGAAUGUCGAUAUGCCCCUAAUUGCUGCAACAAUAACUUUAAGGAUUCGGAUGAGUUCCGCUCGAUGAAAGAUCAGAUUACGACUCUGCAAGACCAGGUCAAUAGCCUUUUCAGUAGUCUAAAUGAGCUGCGUUCGCAGGGAUCUUCCAUCGAUUCGCCGAACUUUGAUAAUUUCUCCCGAGAUGGUUCGCAACCUGUGUUUACUUCUAUGCAUGCUGGGCUGGCCAAACCACGCCUAAGGCAUCCCCGAUUCCACGGCCCCACGAGCUCGACAUUCAAUUUCAAUGUCGCAAAAUCGAGCCUUCAAAACAUGGGCAUCGCUCCGACAGAAGAAGUGAUAACCGACGAUCUAACUACGGCCCAUGCGACACCUGCUGGCUCACCUCCCCAGGUUGCACCAUUCGCGCCUCCUAUCCAUCCGACUAAAGAUCCCAUAUGGGCCAUUAAACGUGAGGAUGCUAUACGAUUAUGUCAAAUCUACGAAGAAGAGAUUGGGAUCAUGUAUCCACUCUUCGAAAUUGAGAAGGUGACACAGCAAAUCAACCUACUCUACACCUUUAUGGAGGCUGCAACACGCACGGGAUUUGCCCAGCGAGCGCUGCCCGGCUCAGAUGGUCUCCAAGACGACAACACGAACCUUAUAAAGAUGAUCCUUGCUACAACGCUGGUCGUCGAGGGAGGUGGCCAGAGCGAGCUUGGUCAACGUCUUUACCUGAGUGUGAAACCGGUUAUUGAGUCCAAGAUUUGGGAGCCAUUAGACAUCAGAACCGUCCAGCUUUUCGGCAUCGUGGCGACCUACCAUUUCCACACGGACGAUGAUGCUAUGGCCUACCGUCUCAUCGGGUUGGCUGCUCGCAUGUGUCUUGAACUAGGCUUGCAUCGACGAGAUGCGUUAGCGAAGUCAUUUCCUAACGAAGAUCAAUGGCCAGAGAUUAUCAAGAUCUUCUGGGCAACCUAUAGCUUGGAUAGGCGCUGGAGCCUUGGAACUGGACUACCGUUUGUUAUUCAAGAUGAAGAUAUUGAUCCGAACUUACCAGAGCCGGAUGCAUCGCUGCCGUACCUAAGGUGUAUGAUUUCCUAUAACCGCAUUAGCUCAAAAAUUUGGUACGCUGGGCUUGGCUCAGACGGAACAAUGGACAUACGUCGAGAUGAAAUCGGCUAUUUGGACUAUCAAAUUCUCCAGUGGUACAAGCACAUUCCUGAUGCUUUGAAGUUCUAUCCGGUACAGUCACCAAAGCAUGGAGAGUCUGUGAACCGGGGUCUUCGACGACUGCGAGUGCUGUUAUAUUUGCGCAUGAACCAGCUUCGCAUUCUUAUCUACCGACCGGUCCUUCACUCAGCAGCUAGCAUAUCCGAAGAUAAGGGUCAUGCCCAGACUGUGGUGGAUGUUGCUAAGGAUACGGUUCGAGUGCUUACACGGCUGAACCAAACUUCUGACAUUUACCGCACUCAGCAAAUUACAUUCAACUAUUUCCUUGUUGCCGCUCUGGCUGUCCUUUUCCUCGCCGUUUGCCAUGCUCCGACGGAGUUCAACCGGCAAGUCCGAGACGAGUUCUACAUGGCUCUCGACCUAGUCAACGGCUUUAGCACGAAAUCUUACGUAUCGAAACGGUUAUGGAAGGCCAUCAAAGGCCUUCGAAGGAUUGGUGAAAGGCUGGGCGUACUCGUGCGCCCCUUUGGAUCAGAUUCCAAUGACCCUCAUUCUACGGCGGCCGUCGCCAUGGCGGGUUUGGCUGGCCAUCCAAUUGAAGAUCUGUCGGUGUAUGGGCCUAUGAAUGGGGUGAAUGAACUCGGAAGCAGCCCAUUAAAUGGGCUUCAGAUGAGCCAUGAGCUGACAACCCUGUUCGAGGCUGUUGGAGGAUUUGGCAACUUCAUUGCAUCUAGCACAGCGCAGGACGGGAUGAGCGGGUUUGUAGGUCCCGAUGGAGAAAUUCCAAACACGGGGGAAGGCCUUUCAGGAAUUCUGGGAGAUGAUGGUGAACUAUCACGAGCCAUUAGGGACUUAUUUUGA